AUGGAUAAUGUAAUUGGUUUCAUCGAUUGCAAACAUAUUCCCAUUAUUGGUCAACCAGAAAGUGAUCCUGAAUAUCAUCCGCGGCACUACAAAAACCGUAAAAAGUUUUACAGUUUAAAUGUUGAAUUGAUAUGUGACGCUGAGUUAUGCUUCCUGUCCAUCAACGCAAAAUUUCCAGGAGGAUGUCAUGACUCAGGAAUUUGGCAGUGCUCAAAAGUACGAAAUUUCUUGGAAAGAGAAUGGAAACCAGAGAAUCCUAGGUAUUUGCUGGGGGAUGCUGGGUAUCCCAUUGAGCCUUGGAUGCUGGUACUCUAUGCUAAUCCCAUUGAGAGACAUGAAGUGCUGUUUAACAGAAUCCAGGUUGAAACACGGCAAAAUGUUGAACGGGCAUUCGGUGUUUUGAAAUCAACAUUUCGGUGUCUCAAUGGAGCCCGGAAACUAAACUAUCACCCAAAGAAGGCAGGAUUUAUCACAAUUGCGUGUUGUACAUUGUACAAUUACAUGAAGUUUGAAGGAAUACCUUUCCCAGAAACUCAGAAUCAAGAUCAAGGAAACAUUCUGGAGGCAGACUAUCAUGUGAUGCAAAGACACAAUGUACUAGAAUUUGGAAGGGGAAGUAAGGGAUUCAUAUGCCAGAAAUUUGCAGUGAAGUCCCUCUUUUAUGGAUCGUAG